ACUCCAUCCCACCAGAGGCAGCACCUGUCGGUGGCAGUGGGGUCCAGUUUUCAGUGUCACCAACACUUGUAGAACCAGCUUCAGUUUCUCUCCUGACAGACAGCAGGACCCGAUGGACAGCUGCUCUUCCUCAGACUAUAGUGGGACCAUGGAUCUGUUUGGAGAUAUCGAUGACAUUUCUUCAGAGAGUGAGGAUGAUCGCCCCCCAAUUCCAGGACCGCCUGUUGAUGAACACGGAGUACCUCAGGGCCAGUGGAAGAAAGAGCCUGUCUCUGAAGCCAAAGUAGAAGUCGAAAUUCCCAGCAUCAACUCUGAUUUAGGAAAUGGAUUAUAUUUCGUUAAACUACCCAGGUUUCUCAGCAUAGAACCCAAACCUUUCGAUCCUCGAUUUUAUGAAGAUGAAUUUGAAGGCGAAAAAAUGCUUGAUGAGGAAGAGAAGACCAGGUUAAAAUUAAAGGUAGAGAAUACUAUACGAUGGAGGAUACGCCGGGAUGAAGAAGGAAAUAAAAUUAAAGAAAGCAAUGCUCGGAUAGUCAAGUGGUCAGAUGGAAGCAUGUCCCUGCACCUGGGCAGCGAGGUCUUUGACGUCUGCCAAGCUCCGCUGCAUGGCAAUUACAACCACCUGUUCAUAAGAGAAGACACGGGGCUCCGGGGACAAGCCAUCUUUAAGUCCAAGCUGACCUUUAGACCUCACUCCACGGACAGUGCCACACACAGAAAGAUAGCAGGGCCACUUGCUAUGAGAACUUUGAAGGCACAGAAAAUUAGAAUCCUACCAAUGGCCAGUCAUGACCCGGAAUGCCAGCGCGCGGAACUGAUCAAGAAAAAAGAGGAGCGCUUGAGGGCUUCUACACAGGAGCCUCAGACAAGCCACCCCGGGGAAAAGGGGACCCCACGGGGGCUGGGUGCCUCCUCUCAGGACUCGGACUCUGGCAGUGAUGACGACGAUGAGAAGGACGAAGACAAGGAAGAGGAACAAGCCAGAAUCCAUUCAUCAGACAAUGAGGGAUCAGAAGAAGACAAGGCCCAAAGACUGCCGAGAGCACAGCAGCUCAGCAGGGAUGAGGCGGCGAGCCUUCCGGAGAGCGGAAAGCAGGGGCCGAAGAGCAAGAAAACAACGGAAGUGUAAAACGUGCACUCGCUGCACGUCACGUUCAACAGUUGAAGACAUGAAAUGACUUGUUUUGAUCGAAAUGAAUUUUUUUUUAACCUUAUUUUUGAAUGGUUGCUUAACCUUGUUAUGAAUAAAAAACGUUCAAAAGCACGUGUGUGACUUCCAUUUUUCUUUCCCAAACAAAACCAUCUCAGUAAGCGCUGGCCCUGGGUGAGCUGACAUUUCAGUGUUCUCCCGCUGCUCCCUGUGCGCCUCCGUGUCCUCCGGGCCUGGCACAGAGGUCUGCCGAGGUACAGCCCACAUGGCCUCCUCCAGGGAGGUCCGCCCUGCCUUGUCCUGCCCCGCUGACUUUGGGCCCUUCUUGCUGCAACCUCCUGGCAUGGCGGUAAUGCCAUUUCCCACACGGCCCUGUGACCCUGCAAGGGCAGACACGGCUUGCACAUUUGGGACUUCGAUAGAGAGCAUCUGGGCCAUUCUAAUCCUCAGGAUACCUCGGGGCAGGGGCGGGUGCUGUCAUGCCAGCUUUACAGAUGUGGGGGCUGAGGUUUAAAGAACUGAAGAUCUCGAGCCAGCAGAUUGCGCAGUGGUUGCGUCACUGGACUCCCCAUGGUAACCGUGGCUUGAGACCCAGACCCAGUGGCU